UCCGCCUAUAGCUAAGAUGGCGGCGGCCGUCAAAGGCUUCGUGCCGUAUGUUCUCCAGGUGUCUCCCUGUUGGCAUUGUGGCUCCUGCGGCGCGCGCUCUACUGCCUCCUUCUCCGCUGCGCGAGUGCGGCAGACUUUCCUCCGUUUUUUCCAGGAGCGGUAUGGGCAUCAAGUGGUGCCCUCCGCCCCUGUGCGUCCGCGGGGAGACCCUAGUCUGCACUUCGUCAACGCUGGCAUGAACCAGUUCAAACCAAUUUUCCUGGGCACAGCAGAUCCCCGGAGUGAACUUGCACGUUACCAGCGGGUAGUGAACAGCCAGAAGUGUGUGCGUGCCGGCGGAAAGCACAAUGAUCUCGAAGAUGUGGGUCGAGAUGUUUAUCAUCACACAUUCUUUGAAAUGCUGGGGAACUGGUCCUUUGGAGAUUAUUUCAAAGAGGAAGCAUGCAGCAUGGCAUGGGAGCUCCUCACACAGGUAUAUGAGAUCCCAAAGGACUGUCUCUACGUUACCUAUUUUGGAGGUGAUGAAAAACUUGGGCUAAAUGCAGAUGAAGAGUGCAGGGAAAUAUGGCUAAGUCUGGGCAUCCCUCAUCACCAUGUGCUUCCUUUUCAACUGAAAGACAACUUCUGGGAGAUGGGGAACACUGGUCCCUGUGGGCCCUGCACAGAGAUCCACUAUGAUCAUGUGGGUGGUGGCAGGAAUGUGGCAGCACUGGUGAAUCAGGGCAACCCUGACGUGGUGGAGAUCUGGAACCUGGUUUUCAUGCAGUUCAACAGAGAAGUUGAUGGAAGUCUGCGUCAGCUGCCUCAGCAUCAUGUGGACACAGGAAUGGGCUUGGAAAGGUUAUUGACAGUUCUGCAGAGGAAGCGCUCCAAUUAUGACACAGACCUCUUCAGCCCUCUCCUGGACGCCAUCCACAAGGGUUGUGGCAAGCCCCGAUACCAGGGUUUGGUUGGGAAGGCAGAUGCUGGAGGUGUGGAUAUGGCCUACAGAGUGGUGGCAGAUCACGUGCGCGCUCUGUCUGUGUGCAUUGCCGAUGGUGUUCAUCCAGGCAUGUCUGGUGCCGAGCUUGUUCUGCGCCAUAUCUUGCGCAGAGCUGUGCGAUUUUGCUCUGAGGUUCUCCAGGCACCACCUGGGUUCCUUGCCAGUUUGGUUCCUGUUGUGGUAGAGAUUCUGGGAGAUGCCUACCCAGACCUGCAGAGGGAAAUGGACAGGGUUAUGAAUGUCAUCAAUGAGAAUGAAAAUGCAUUUCUGUCCUGUCUCUUGCAAGGGCGUCGCAUUAUAAACAGAACAGUCCAGCAGGUGAAUCAUUCCAAAGUCUUCCCAGUGGAAGUCGCUUGGGGUCUUUACAGAAACCUGGGAUUCCCACUGGACCUUAUUGCCUUGAUGCUUGAAGAAAAAGGGAUCCAAUUGGACAUUGCUGCUUUGGACCAGCUGGCUCAGGAGGAUGCUGAACGUAAAGCUUCAAAACGGCAGGAAGCAAGCUCAGGGAUGCAGUUGGAUGUGCAUUCGCUGGCCAAGCUGAAACAGGAUGGUGUCCCUGUUACUGAUGACUCUCCCAUGUAUGCCUAUGAACUUGAGCCAAAUGGGAAAUAUGUUUUCAGUCCAUGUCAAGCCACUGUUCUGGUGCUGUAUAAAGAUGGAUCUCUCCAGAAGGCAGUUAGUAGGGGACGCUGUGGUGUCCUCCUGGACAGGACCUGCUUCUAUGCUGAGAAGGGUGGCCAGGCAUCUGAUCAAGGCUACAUGGUACAUCUUGAACAGCAGGACAUACUUUUUCCAGUGGUGUCUGUACAAGUUUUGGGUGGCUAUGUGAUCCAUGAAGUGAUCGUUUCUGAGACCCUAAAGGCGGGGGACAAAGUACAGCUCUUUGUAGAUGAGGCCCAGCGGUUGGCUUGUAUGGUGAACCACACCACCACCCACCUGCUGAACUUUGCACUUCGCCAGGUCUUGGGAGAUGGCAUAGAACAGAGGGGGUCUCAAGUGACCGCUGAGCAGCUACGGUUCGAUGUCAGCACCAAGGCUCUUAUAAAGACCGAACAGUUGCAAGAAACAGAAGAUGUGAUCCAAGAAAUAAUCAAAAGGAAUGAGCUAGUUUACAUGGCAGAAGUUCCCAUCCAGCUGACAAAUGGUGUGCAGGGACUCCAGAAACUGGAUGAAGUAUACCCUGAUCUGGUACGGGUGGUGUCUGUGGGAGUCCCAGUAGAGAGAGUGUUGGCUCCAGAAUCUCAGGCUGCCAUGCAUACCUCUGUGGAGCUCUGCUGUGGAACUCAUCUUCAGCAUACAGGAGCUAUUGGGGACCUCACUAUCAUAUCUGAGCGGCAGCUAGUCAAAGGGAUCAGCAGUAUCAUUGCAGUGACUGGAGAGCAAGCCAGGCAGGCUCGGGAAGCUGGGCAAUCUUUGAUGAAGGAAGCAGACUCCCUCUCCGUGCGAGUGAAACAGGGAGGAGCCUCUCUACUUGGUGCACAGAGACUCUCCAGGGAAGUGGGCCUUCUGAUCGAUGCGGUAGAGAAUACUGCAAUGCCACAAGGGCUGAAAAGGAAACUUCAUGCCACUCUCAAAGCUCUGCAGCGAGUAGCCAAUUCUGCCAUCAGAAAAUGGGAAGCCAAAUUGGCUGCAGAGAAGGUGCCUGAUCUGCUGGCAAAGCAUUCCAACCAGCCAGUCAUAAUUGAUACCAUUCCUGUUGAGUCACCCUCGAUCCUGAUGAAAGCGGUCAACCAGCUGUGUGACAAAGUACCUGAAGCCUCAGUCAUGUUGCUCAGCCCACAAGCUUCUGGCCAGGUUUUCUGUGCUUGCCGGGUACCCGAGAAUUUGUUGCCAGUGUUUUCUGCUGCAGAUUGGGCCCUGGCUGUCUGUACUCUAAUGGGAGGCAAGGCGGGCGGUUCUGCAAUUGUAGCCAGGGGCUCUGGCAGCACCAAUGACCUGCAGCUCGUCCUGACUGCAGCUCUGGAAUAUGCAAAGAACAAACUCUGAAGUCUGCCUGUGUGGCCAAAGGAAUGCAGACAGGAUAGUCUUUUGACUGAUUGGGGCACACUGGAGAGAAGCACACAAUUGUUCAGCUGCUAUUGUUGCUAGUGGUGUUGGCACCAUUGAUUUAUUCUGGACUGCAGUUUUCUGCUGGAAUGUCUGGGAGUCGACAUGGUCUACACAAGUGACCCAUGUGAGGAUUAUGUUGGGAGAAGAGGUGUAUUUUGAACUACAAGCACGAAGGAAGGUUUUGGACAGUGUUUUCUCACUCUGCAUGGAUGAUAACACUUCGGAAAGAAAUGAAGGACUGUGGAAUGCUACUAUGCCAUAAAUAAAGAACAGUUGAAAGA